CAUGGGCAGCCUGCCAGCUCCUCCCGGGUACGAGCGGAACCAGCUCCAGCGCCGGCUGCCUCGGGCUCCCUGCCCAAAUUCCUGCCUGAUCCCACAACCUGCCGCAACCCGCCCGCAGGGGAAGGCUGGGUGGGCAGCCGAGGGGUCCCGGGCCUUCCUCGCCUUCCUCUUCCUCCUUGGCACCGCCAGCCUCGGCGAGCCCGUUCCAGAAGCGGGCGGGCAGGAGUGGUUUCACCCGUGCCAACCCGCGGGACACGCACCCACCGGGACAAACCGCCCCGCCGGCGACGCCACCGCCUGUCCCUGCCACCAGCCGGGGGGCCAAGGCACCCCCGCCAAGGGAAGGGAUGCUCAGCCGCUAGAACCCCCGGCGUGGUGACAAUGACGUCCAUCCCCGAGGCCUUGGGUCGCCCACGGAGCAGCUCGUCCCGCAGCCUGGCCGGGACGCUGGAGGCCACCCUGGGCAUGGGGAUGUUGGACAUGGACAAGGAGGAGAUGCGCAUCCUCAAGGUCUGCUUCUACAGCAACAGCUUCAACCUGGGCAAGAACUUUAAGCUGGUGAAGUGUCCCGUCACAACGCAGAUCCGGGAGGUGAUCAGGUCCAUCCUGGUGAGCGGCCGCAUCGGGCCCGACAUCAAGCUGGCCGAGUGCUACGGGCUGCGCCUGAAGCACGUCAAGUCGGACGAGAUCCACUGGCUGCACCCAGACCUGACAGUGGGCGAAGUGCAGGAGAAGUACGAGUGUCUACACCUGGAAGCCGAGUGGAGGUAUGACCUCCAGAUCCGCUACCUGCCAGAGGAUUUCAUGGAGCGCUUCCAAGAGGACAGGACCACCUUGCUCUACUUCUACCAGCAGCUCCGCAGUGAGUACAUGCAGAACUACGCCAGCAAGGUGAGCGAGGGCAUGGCCCUGCAGCUGGGCUGCCUGGAGCUCAGGAGGUUUUACAAGGACAUGCCUCACAACGCGCUGGAGAAGAAAUCCAACUUCGAGUUCCUGGAGAAGGAGGUGGGUCUGGACCUCUUCUUCCCCAGCCAGAUGCAGGAGAACCUGAAGCCCAAGCAGUUCCGGAAGAUGAUCCAGCAGACGUUCCAGCAGUACGCGCUGCUGCGGGAGGAGGAGUGCAUCCUCAAGUUCCUGCACACCCUCGCCACCUUCGCCAACAUCGACCAGGAGAGCUACAGCUGCGAGCUCAUCCAAGGGUGGAACAUCACAGUGGACCUGGUGAUCGGCCCCAAGGGCAUCCGGCAAAUGACAAGCAAGGAAGCCAAGCCCACCUGCUUGGCCGAAUUCAAGCACAUCAAGUCCAUCAAGUGCUCCAGUGUGGAGGAAGGUCGCGCUGUGCUGCAGCUGGGGCUCAGCGGCACCCCCCAGUCCCUGGCGAUCAAGACAGCAUCUCUGGCCGAGGCGGAGAACAUGGCCGACCUCAUCGACGGCUACUGCCGCCUGCAAGGGGGCUCGGACACCUCCCUCAUCAUCCUCCCCCAGAGAGAGCGGGAGAAGAGGAUCAGCCUGCCCCAGAUCCCAGCCCCGCACCUGGUUGAGCGGCAGUCCCUGUUGUCCGACAGUGCCAGCAUGGACUCUGAUAUUUACGCUGAAAUCCCCGAUGAAUCUUCACGACCGAGGUCUGGAGCCCAGCACUACGGCAUCUCCCGGGAGGACGUCACGUUGGGCAGGAUUCUUGGAGAAGGUUUCUUUGGAGAGGUCUAUGAGGGGAUCUACACCACCCCGAAAGGGGAGCGGGUCAACGUGGCCGUGAAGACCUGCAAGAAGGACUGCAGCCCCGAGAACAGGGACAAGUUCCUGAGCGAAGCGGUGCUGAUGAAGAAGCUGGACCACCCUCACAUUGUGAAGCUCAUUGGCAUUGCAGAGGAGGAGCCCACCUGGAUCAUCAUGGAGCUCUAUCCCUACGGAGAGCUGGGCCAGUACCUGGAGCAGAACAAGCCCUGUCUGGCUGUGCCCACGCUCAUUCUCUACGCCCUGCAGAUCAGCAAAGCCUUGGCCUACCUGGAGGCCAUCAACUGCGUGCACAGGGACAUUGCUGUCAGGAACAUCUUGGUGGCCUCCCCGGAGUGUGUGAAGCUGGGUGACUUUGGGCUCUCCAGGUACAUCGAGGAUGAGGAAUAUUAUAAAGCAUCCGUCACCCGUCUCCCCAUUAAGUGGAUGUCACCCGAGUCCAUCAACUUCCGCCGCUUCACAACGGCCAGUGAUGUCUGGAUGUUUGCCGUGUGCAUGUGGGAGAUCCUGAGCUACGGCAAGCAGCCCUUCUUCUGGCUGGAGAACAAGGACGUCAUUGGGGUGCUGGAGAGGGGUGACCGCCUGCCCAAGCCCGACCUCUGCCCCCCCGUCCUCUACACCCUCAUGACGCGCUGCUGGGACUAUGACCCCAGCGAAAGGCCCAAGUUCAAGGACUUGGUUUGCAGCUUGAGCGACAUUUACCUGAUGGAGAAGGAACUGGCCAAGGAGCAGGAGAGGAACAACCGCCACCGGCCUCCCAAAAUCAUGGAGCCAUCGUCCUACCAGGAGCCACCUCCCAAGCCCAGCAGACCCAGGCACAAACCACCACCCCAGAGCAACCUCCUGGCUCCCAAGCUGCAGUUCCAGGUCCCCGAGGGUCUGUGUGCCAGCUCGCCCACCCUCACCAGCCCUGUCGAGUACCAGUCGCCGGCCACCUCCCUGCACACCCCACCGCUCAACCGCCACAACGUCCUCAAGCGCCACAGCAUGAGGGAGGAGGAUUUCCUGCGUCCCAGCAGCAGGGAGGAGGCGCAGAAGCUUUGGGAGAUGGAGAGGCUGAAGAUGCAGGAGGUGCUGGACAAGCAGCAGAAGCAGAUGGUGGAGGAUUACCAGUGGCUGCGGCAGGAGGAGAAGUCCCUGGACCCGAUGGUGUUUAUGAACAACAACCCUCCUCCGCUGCUCCCGGAGAAGGAGACGGAUUACAACGGCGUAGCGGAGUUCAUGGGGCACCCCCAGAAGCCACCAAGACUCGUGGUGCAGCAGUCCAUCCACCCGGCCCCCACCGCCAACCUGGACCGCACAGAUGACACGGUGUACAGCAACGUCAUGGACCUGGUGCGGGCCGUGCUGCAGCUGAAGAAUGAGAUCAGCCUCCUGCCCCCCGAGGGGUACAUCCUGGUGGUGAAGAACGUGGGCCUGUCCCUGCGGAAGCUGAUCGGCAGCGUCGACGAGAUCCUGCCCAUCCUGCCCGCCAGCUCCCGCACUGAGAUCGAGGGGACCCAGAAGCUGCUCAACAAGGACUUGGCCGACCUCAUCAACAAGAUGCGCCUGGCGCAGCAGAACGCCGUCACCUCGCUGAGCGAGGAGUGCAAGCGGCAGAUGCUGACGGCCUCCCACACCUUGGCCGUGGACGCCAAGAACCUCCUGGAUGCCGUGGACCAAGCCAAGGUCCAGGCCAACCUGGUGAAGCUGUGCUUGGAGUGAAGGAAGGAGAAGGGGUGGAGAACAAGAGGAGGAGAGGGACCACCACGCGUGGGUCGGUGGAGAUGGAGGAGGGCGUUGCGGAGGAGCUGGCUUUUGUGUGUCCCCCGUGGCCUCGCCGUCCUGCUCUCCCUGUCCCCUGCUCCUCCCGCAGCCGCUCGUGUCUUUAUCAUCAUCUCGUCGCUCUUCUGAAGGAGGGAGGCAUCUGGUGACUCCUCCCCACAAAGGACUAGGGGGGACCUGGCUGUCCCCACAGGCAGCUGAAGAUCCCUCUGGCUCGGCGGCUCCCCGGCUGCCAGCAGGUCCGUGUGUCCAUCCGAGGACAGACGGCCGCAGGUGGCAUGUCAUGAUGGGGACCUGGACCCCAAGCCGGGGUCACAGCGUCUGGGGGAGCUGGCAUUCCAGGAGACUUCACGGGGGUCCCCAAGGGGGCCAUCAGAGUGGUGGCUGGAGGGACCAUUUGCAUUUCCUUGUACAUAGUAGAGAAGAAUUUAUUUGAUGAUGGGAGGUGGGUCCGGCGCGGGUGGCUGGUGCCCGUCCCCAGGCCCGCAGAGCACGGGGAGGGAUGGGACACCGGGGACCGCAGCCUUCGGUGACACAAACCAGGAGAACGGUGCCUCUUCCAGCUGCAUUUUUCUCUGAGCUGCUCCGUGUUGAGCAACGGCAGCAGAACAGCUCUCUGUUCGGUUUGUGCUUUUUGAGUUGGAAACCGUCCGGUUCGGGCUUUUUCCCCAGCAUCUUCCCACAGCGCUGUCAUUCCGGCUGAGAUAAACCAUGCGCAAAGUC